AUGUGUGCUGCAGAAGGCUGUGUGCUGCAGAGGGCUGUGUGCUGCAGAAGGCUGUGUGCUGCAGAGGGCUGUGUGCUGCAGAGGGCUGUGUGCUGCAGAGGGCUGUGUGCUGCAGAGGGCUGUGUGCUACAGAGGGCUGUGUGCUGCAGAGGGCUGUGUGCUACAGAGGGCUGUGUGCUACAGAGGGCUGUGUGCUGCAGAGGGCUGUGUGCUGCAGAGGGCUGUGUGCUGCAGAGGGCUGUGUGCUACAGAGGGCUGUGUGCUGCAGAGGGCUGUGUGCUGCAGAGGGCUGUGUGCUGCAGAGGGCUGUGUGUGCUGCAGAGGGCUGUGUGCUGCAGAGGGCUGUGUGCUGCAGAGGGCUGUGUGCUGCAGAGGGCUGUGUGUGCUGCAGAGGGCUGUGUGCUGCAGAGGGCUGUGUGUGCUGCAGAGGGCUGUGUGCUGCAGAGGGCUGUGUGCUGCAGAGGGCUGUGUGCUGCAGAGGGAUGUGUGCUGCAGAGGGCUGUGUGCUGCAGAGGGCUGUGUGCUGCAGAGGGCUGUGUGCUGCAGAGGGAUGUGUGCUGCAGAGGGGUGUGUGCUACAGAGGGCUGUGUGCUGCAGAGGGCUGUGUGCUACAGAGGGCUGUGUGUGGCUGUAGGACUACAGCAGUGGUUGGAACAGAGAGAUGGCUAG